UCGGCUUGCUUAGUGUGUCUCUCCUGUGUUCGGAGACCAGCAUCAGUCACAAUAGGUCCUGAGAUGCAUUAAAGGAGGCAAGAGGAAGAUAAGGAGCUGGCACAGUAGCUAUCCCUCUUCAUGGAAGAAAGGCCAGCCAGGAAAAAAAAGGGGAGAGUUCUCGGCAUGCUGUGGAGUGAAUGAGAAGGACUUGUUUUGGCACAAAGAGAAGAUUCUGAAAGCUUUGGAAGACAAAAUAUCACAGUGGAGAUGGGAUCAUCUCAGAGGGAGCCAACUAGUGCAAAAGGUACUGUCUGGGUAGUCUGUCUGCCCACCUCUGCUCUUACAGCAGCAUCUCCUUCUACUAAGGGUAAGGGAACCGGAAACUGGAGGAAUUAGUUUAACUUUCCUUUCUCUCAGCCCAAAUGCGGUGUAACUUGUAAGUCUAUGAGGGAUUGUAAUCUUGCCCCAAAUUUUGCCAGCACGUUCCAUUUCUACUAGGACUAUCUACGCCAUGCACCCCUUUAGCUAAGAGACUGUGCAUCCCUGGGACAUUAGUAGCUUCAGCACCUCCCACCAAUUUGUAUUUCCCAGACAAAGACUUUCCAGCCAGGCUCCUCAGAAGGAUAGACUGCACAUUUCUGGCUGCUGACAAGAGCUGACUUGGUGUUCUGCUCAGAAUGGAUGCUGAGCCUUUACAUUCAGAGGCCUUGCCUAGCUGGACAGCAGAGCCUACAUCCUGGCCAGGCAGUGCCAAGCCCAGCACAGGAGCCCUCGAGGGUAGGAUGCACUUUUGGAUCUUUAACAGCAGUGGAGAAGAUACCUCCCCCCCAUUUCUAACUGAUGCGUGGCUUGUGCCCCUCUUUUAUGCUCUCAUCAUGCUGCUCGGGCUGGUUGGGAACUCCUUGGUCAUCUAUGUCAUCAGCAAGCACCGCCAGAUGCGCACGGCUACUAACUUCUAUAUUGCAAACCUGGCGACCACUGACAUCAUAUUCUUAGUAUGCUGUGUACCAUUCACUGCCACGCUCUAUCCCUUGCCCAGCUGGGUUUUUGGGGACUUCAUGUGCAAAUUUGUCAACUAUUUGCAGCAGGUAACAGUGCAGGCCACCUGCAUCACUCUGAUGGCUAUGAGUGUGGACCGCUGUUAUGCUACCCUGUAUCCACUGCAAUCUUUACGUUACCGAACCCCCCAUGUAGCUAUGGCUGUCAGUUUUGCUAUCUGGAUUGGUUCCUUCAUUCUCUCACUACCUAUGGCUCUAUACCAUCGCACUGAGGUUGGCUACUGGUAUGGUCUGCGCACCUACUGUAUUGAAGCUUUCACCAGCAAGAGCCAGGAGCGCAGUUUUAUUCUAUACACUUUCCUGGCUGUUUAUCUGCUGCCUCUGUUCACCAUAUGUCUCUGCUAUUCCAUUAUGCUCAAGCGUAUUGGGAAUCCUGUGGUGGAGCCCAUAGACCAUGACUAUCAGGUGCAACAUCUAUCAGAACGCUCAGCUGCCAUGAGGGCCAAAAUAUCCAAGAUGGUGGUAGUGAUUGUUCUGCUGUUCACCAUUUGCUGGGGGCCCAUCCAGUUCUACUUGCUCUUUCAGGGCUUCUAUCAUCACUUCCAGGCCAACUAUGAGACCUACAAGAUCAAGACAUGGGCUAAUUGCAUGUCGUAUGCCAACUCUUCUCUCAAUCCCAUAGUCUAUGCGUUCAUGGGAGACAGCUUCCGCAAGUCCUUCAAGAAGGUGUUCCCGUUUGUCUUCCGGCAGCGUGUACAGAACAAUGGCAUGGACUCAGGCUGCCAUAAUGCUGAGCUAAAAUUUGUCACUUAACUUCGCCCUGACCAAUUUGAUGGAGAACUUUGUACGUACUAUCAAAAGUAAAAAACAACAACUAAGAUGAUAAAA